AUGCAAUCCGAAACGAAGAAAUAUGUUCCUCAAAUCUCGCCCCAGCCGCUGUUCAUAGUUGUGAGCUUCAAGGACUGUCUGAUCGAUCCUCAAGUACAACUGGACGCUUCCAACAAUGCUGGGGAACCUAAGGAGUUGCUCAAGUUUGACUAUGGUUACUUUUUAGUUUAUCGAACCGGCUACUUCGAGGAAAACGUUGCUGCCUUCCUUCAAAGAUAUCUUGAGUCUACUAUCCACCUCGUCGGAAGUGAGGAAGUGAGUAUUUGCCGCAAUACAUGA